CUAAACUGUGAGCAUUGAACUCAAGAAGAGCCUAGCACAUCAUAUUUCAGAUCAUCCCGGUAAUUUCAUCAAUACAAACAUUGGUUUCCGAGUACAGCAAAGUCUGAGGGUAGUAUGGAGAAGCCAAACAUAGUUACAUGCACCGCUCCUGUGAACAUAGCUGUCAUUAAAUACUGGGGCAAGAGAAAUGAAGAAUUAAUUCUACCCAUUAACUCAUCUUUGAGCGUCACGUUGCACCAAGACCAGCUGAAAACAACCACAACAGUUUCAACCAGCAGAUCAUUUCAGGAAGAUCGAAUAUGGCUCAAUGGCAAAGAGGAGGACAUAACUCAUCCAAGACUGCAGUCCUGUCUGAGAGAGAUUCGACGAUUAGCAAGGAAGAGACGAAAUGACGGGGACCUCGCUUUGGAUUCGACUAGUUUGUCUCACAAAGUCCACAUCUGCUCUGUUAACAACUUCCCCACCGCUGCCGGUCUUGCCUCCUCAGCUGCUGGAUUCGCUUGUCUAGUUUACACUCUGGCCCGGGUGUUCGGUGUGGAGGGGGAGUUGUCCAGCAUUGCUCGGCAGGGCUCAGGCAGUGCAUGCCGGAGUAUGUAUGGAGGGUUCGUUCAGUGGAUCAUGGGACAGAACGACGAUGGCAAGGACAGUCUGGCCCAGCAGGUGGAGCCAGAGACUCACUGGCCUGAGCUCAGAAUCCUUGUGCUUGUGGCCAGUGCAGAGAGGAAGCCAGUGGGCAGCACCUCUGGGAUGCAAACCAGUGUACAAACAAGCCGUCUGUUAAAGCACAGGGCUGAGUCUGUCGUCCCAGGACGGAUGAUAGAGAUGAUUGAAGCAAUCCGAAGAAAGGACUUUGCUGCAUUUGCUGAACUAACCAUGAAGGACAGCAACCAGUUCCAUGCCACCUGCCUUGACACUUACCCUCCGAUCUUCUACCUCAACAGUGUGUCUCAACAGGUUAUCAAUUUGGUGCAUCGGUAUAACAGACACUACAGGGAGACAAGGGUCACGUACACGUUUGAUGCAGGACCCAACGCAGUGAUCUUCACUCUACAGCAGCAUGUUCCUGAGUUUGUUAGGGUGGUUCAACAUUUCUUCCCCCCAGAGACCAACGGAGGACAGUUCAUUAAGGGUCUUCCAGUCAACAGUGCGACUCUUUCUGAGGAACUGAAACAGGCUAUUGGUCUAGAGUCCAUACCAAAGGGAAUAAGCUAUAUAAUUAGUACCAAGGCUGGACCAGGACCUCGUGUUGUAGAGGAUCCCGCUCAGCAUCUGCUUGGAUCUGAUGGCUUGCCCAAGAAAACCAUGUGAUGCCCCGCAGCCCUGAGCGGAUGAAGUUCCACCACUGAGCAAUAAUAAAGCCAAGAUGAAGCAGAGAUGAAAAUAGCAUUAAUCAUAUGUGACUACGUUUCUACAAAUCACAUCAACAACAGGCACCUUCCUCACCACCAUGGAUGCUUACAUGUCUUCCUUUACUUAUCAAAUAUUACUGGCGUGUCUCUUAUCUCUUUAUCACUCAUGAUUCUUGUAUGUUCUUGUAUAGCUCUCUACAAGUCUCAGUAUCUGCAGGUAGAUACUGUUUUAGAGGUAUUUGAACAGUUAGGUUUGCUCAAGAGUACUGCCAGCAUGCUGUGGAGCAGUGCACUGAAACAUAAAUACAGUACACCUCUGCAGCUGACCUUGUGCUCUAUGACCUAUGGGAGCUUGACCUAUGAGACUUUGAAUUAAAAUAUGUAUCCAUGAAUUUAAGGAGGAAGGAGUUAAGAAUUAUGGUCACUUGAAUGUUUUCAUUUUCAUCUUGUGAAAGCAUCAUUUCAGACCUGCAGUACAUACUUUAUUUAUGUCAGUUUUAUCCUGUGACAGUAAAUAAAAUGUAUAUUUUAGUCAGUAUAAUUGUUUCUUGUUUUGACUUUUGCCUUUUCCAGGCUUGAGUUUGCUUCUGUGUGUUUAUAACAUGCAGCAUAGCAAGCACAAAAAAUGUGCUGUAACAAAUCACCCGUAGCUAUAAAAAACAUUAAACAAAGCAAAAAAAAAAUCAGGUCAGGUUAUCGAGUUUGGUUCGUAGACUUCAUACAGACUGACGAACAACAAUUACCAAGAAUUGCUGAAGAACCUGUUUUACAGUGCCUGUCAUGUGCGUUUGAUUGGUCUGCCCCUCCGCUCCCAUUG